AUGUUACCUAACCAUGUACUUAUAAUAGGUCCCCCAAACAGCGGAAAGUUGCGAAUUGCUGAUCUUUUUUUGGAGAAUGAUGUAAAAACGACAAGGUCAGAGAUCGACGAAGACUCACAUAGUGGGAUUAUUCAAGUGACCUCAUUAUCAACAAAAUAUUACACAGUUUCGUUGAAGCUUAUGAUUGAUGAAUAUCCGUCGAGUCGACACAAGCUGUCUGAGGAUGAAGAUUCCAUAAAGGAGUUAAUUGAAUGGAAGAAUGAAUUCUUCACUCACGAAGCUGACGAGUUGAGGGAGGCAAUAGAUGGUAUUAUCUUUACCUUUAAUAUGAAUACGGGAGAGUCGAAUUUUCUCUCAAACUUGUUGACGCAAGUGGAUGAUAUUCGAGCUAGACUAGAAGAAGAUGGAAACUGGAAUGGUUUUUUGGCUAUUAUCGGAACUGUCCCGACCGGGGAAGGAGUGGAGUUAUUUAAAAUGGAUCAAAUAGAAGAUGAGGUAUUAACUCGUGGACUUGAAUUUAUCAACUUUGAAAAAAGUGGUACCAAUGAAUAUCGAGAGCUCGUGGGGAAAGAUAGAUUGAAGGAGUUGUUAGAAACUCACGAUUGGUCCAACAUGGAAUUGAUCAGAGAUGAUGAGAAUAAAUAUCAAAAUAGUAAAAUCAGGAAGUUUCUGGAAAUGCAAACCAGCUUGUUGAAUGAGUCUGAUCGCAAUAUAGAUUUAGAGCAAAUGUUUUCAAAGAUAAAUUUGGCAAGAGAAAAUGCCAGCAACUUACCUCAAGCUGAAAGAGAAAAGUAUGCAAAAGAAAUGGUUGACGAAUUUAUGGAGUUCAUAUAG